GGAUUAAACUGGUAUAAAGGGAUAGAAGCAAAACAUAGAAUUAGUAACAAAAUAAAACACUUCAGACACAUUUAAGCUACAGCUAAAGUCAUCAAAAAUAAGGAAAUUAAAAAAAGAUAUAAGAAAAAGUUUUGCAUCUUGAUUGGACAUCUAAGUUAAAUAUUAGUUAACAAAAUCCUUGCAAUAGCUCAAAAUAAUAUAUAUGUCAAGGUAAGUCAAUACAGUCUUAUUAAUGCCUCUCAGUAGCCCACAGUUAUUGUAGAGACAUGUAAUGUACUUGUCAUAUCUCAUAUCAUAUUUAUUUGCCCCCUCAGUUUCCCAUGAAACCUGCCUCCUGGACCAGGUCCUGGAGCUGAUUAUGAAUGAGAAGCCUCCGACCAGCACCAGCCUAUUUCUACACGAGGACUCAGACAAGCCUGAGCGCUCGGAGCGAGGCCUACGCCACCUGCGCAAGGCUCUACAGAAACGUGCCUCAGGUGCCCGCAACAGGAUGUGUUCCAUCACCAGAGAGAGCGCCAGGGCCUUCCUGCGCCGCAACACCUUUGUGCUCUUCACCGUGGCUGCAGUGGCACUAGGUGUUGUGCUGGGAUUCUCCCUGCGUCCAUACAAGCUGUCCAUCAGGGAGAUCAAGUACUUCUCAUUCCCUGGAGAGCUUCUGAUGCGGAUGCUCCAGAUGCUGGUCUUGCCCCUUAUCAUCUCCAGCCUGGUCACAGGCAUAUCCGCUCUUGACAGCAAAGCCUCGGGGAAGAUGGGAGCGCGGGCUGUUGUGUAUUACAUGGUUACGACCUUAAUUGCUGUUUUCAUUGGAAUUGUUAUUGUGGUCGUCAUAAGACCUGGGAAAGGCAACAGGGAUCGUCCAGUGUCAUCUAGUGGCAACAUUGAGCCAGUGCAGGCAGCAGAUGCCUUUUUGGACCUCAUCAGGAAUAUGUUCCCUCCAAACUUGGUGGAAGCUUGCUUUAAGCAGUACAAGACACAUUACAAGAAACUGAUCUCCACAAAGAACGUCACUGUUCCAGUCAACAUGACAGAUUCCAACAUCACUAUCACUGACCUCCAUGCCAACUUCAGCGUAGUCCUUCAGACCAUUCAGGAGACAGUGGAGGAGAUGGUGCCCAUGGGAGGCUCCUCCAACGGGGUCAACGCCCUGGGCCUGGUCGUGUUCUCCAUGUGCUUCGGCUUGGUGAUCGGGAGCAUGAAACAGCAGGGACAGGCUCUGCGCGAAUUCUUUGACUGCCUCAACAAUGCUAUUAUGCGCCUAGUGGCCAUCAUCAUCUGGUAUGCCCCUGUGGGAAUCCUUUUCCUCAUCGCUGGGAAGAUUAUUGAGAUGAAGGACCUGGUUCAGAUGGGGGGGCAGCUGGGAAUGUACACCAUGUCUGUGAUUGUGGGGCUGCUCAUCCACGGCCUCUUCGUCCUGCCGCUGCUCUACUUCCUGGUGACGAGGAAGAACCCGUUUGUCUUCAUCUCCGGGCUGCUGCAGGCGCUGAUCACUGCUCUGGGAACCUCGUCCAGGUGGGAAACUCAGUCAGUCAGGUGCCUCUGCUGUAGAUGCUAUAAUUCACGGAGCAUCUUAGACAUUUUAGGCUCCAUGAACUCUAGCUUUGGUCACACUUUACAGUGUGCACUGAGCACUAAGCUCUUUAGCCUCUCCACAAUAUUUGUGUCCAGAAGAAACCUCCCUUACACAAUUCCUGCUCCCUCUUUUCCUGUCAGUUCGGCGACUCUCCCGAUCACCUUCCGUUGCCUGGAGGAGAACAAUCAUGUGGAUAAACGAGUGACACGCUUUGUGUUGCCUGUGGGUGCCACCAUCAACAUGGAUGGCACUGCACUGUAUGAAGCAGUGGCAGCCAUAUUUAUUGCACAAGUUAAUGACAUGGAUCUCGACUUUGGCCAGAUUCUCACCAUCAGUAUCACAGCAACGGCUGCCAGCAUUGGAGCAGCAGGCAUCCCUCAAGCUGGCCUGGUAACCAUGGUGAUUGUAUUGACAUCGGUGGGACUGCCCACAGAGGAUAUAACGUUGAUUAUUGCUGUGGAUUGGUUCUUGGACCGUCUCAGAACCACCACCAACGUCCUAGGAGACUCCAUAGGGGCCGGAAUCAUUGAGCACCUUUCACGGAAGGAGCUCCAGACCCAGGACAUAGAAAUCGGGAACUCGGUGAUCGAGGAAAAUGAGAAACCUUACCAGCUCAUCUCCCAGGAAAAUGAUACCGCAAAGCAGCAUAACAGUGAGACCACCAUGUGAACGCAAGGGAGGGGAGAGACAUCUUCACAGUUAGGACACCUGCCCCCUUAAUAGUUCUGAUUGAAGAUGAGAGACUUGUUGUUAUGGGGAACAUGACAGCAUAACAAUAGAAUGGCAAAGUAGGUUGAGAGGCUCACACCAUAGAACCAGAAGCAGACAAAAUAAUUUUCCAUCAGUGUUAUUUCUAUGGAUGAAACACCCAUUUAAGACCAGUAUAUGUUUGUUUUUUUCUGGUUUAUUUAUUCCCAACCCCAUAUUUAUCUGGAUUUGGAAAACAAAUAGUCCCACAGUGGAUACUAGUAUGCUUGUAAACCUUUUGUCCUUGAUAUAAAUCUACCUCUAUGCUAAUUAUUAUUUGCUUAUUAUUUAGAUAUGUAAAAAAACUGCAGUUAUUAUAGUUGUCUGUUGUGUAUUUUCAACAGUCCAGCAAUGGCCAAAAGUGAAAUGGUGCUUUUACUAUAAAGGCAAAAACAACAACAAUUACACUUAAAACUGGAAGUGUAGAUGCCUUUAUUUUUGCCUUCUAAUGCAAAUUUCCUUUGUACCCCUUGAAAUGGUUGAAAGUAACAGAGCUAUCAUUUGAUGUAGUGGUAAUCUACGGCACGUGGCUUGUUGCUAAAGGCCAGAGUCUGCCUUUUAAAGGCCAAACUGCCUAAGUAGAGCUUGUAUAUGACCAUAGUUUGAACUUAUUAGGAGUAAGACUUUCUUUGAGUUAUUUUAGUUUAGAUGUGCUUUUUUUUUUUUUUAAAUGGACUGUUCCGUUAUUAUAGUUAAACUGUUUUAGUAAAUCAAUGUUUAUUUCAACCUUUGACAUUUUACUGUUAAGCACUGAUAUUAAAAGGUUUGUGUUCCAAUCAUAGGCAUGUGAUUGAAUGUGAAAGCAUUUGUGAUGUUUGAUUUGGAAAGAAUCCUAGUGAAGGCUAAUUACAUUUUUUUUUACCCUUGUGUUUGUUGUUGGAAGGGUAAUUUAACCUAGAUGUGAAAGUAGUUUAAAUGGUUUCAGUUAUUGACUGUUGAUUUCUUGAACAAACACAAAUUACCAAGGCAUUCUGAUGCCAUGUUUACAAAAGUAGACACAACUACUCUGGGUGUCCACAAGUGCUUGUAGUACUACCAUUGGGUAGAUGUACAGUUCUUUUAAUUUCUGAUGGUAUUUGUGUUGAAUGUAAGUAUUAUUUUGUUAUUCAUAUCCACUGCAAUACCUGAAUGUAAGAGCUCAGGAACUGUGAGUGGCGUGACAAUCCACACCACCAUGUGGGCACUCAGACAACUGCCCCGAUCCUGAGGGAGGUAUGUGAAUGUCUUUGUCUUCAUAAUUCCUUUUGCUUUGUAAGUGUAAGAUGCCAUCGUUUAUUUUUUUAAGUUUUAAAACGUUUCUUGGCCAGAAUAUACCCGACUCGAUGUGUGCCACAAAAUUCCACCAGGGCUAAGAAACAUUUGGCAAUACACUUGGUAGAUUAAAUUAUGACUUUAUCUGUUCUAGAUUAGACGCCACAUGCACAAAUGCAUACAUUGUUAAGGGGAUUGCACAUAUUUUGGGGAAAGGGAGGGUGUUGUUGGGACCACAUGCUGUUCUCAUUUUUGUUGUGAGAGGACUUCUUUUUCUGUCAUAGUUGGUUGUGGCAGUGGAAUACAUUUUUACAUUCAGAAUGGUGUGUGAUAGAUGUUUCCAAAUAAAUGUCAGAAAAAU